AUGCAGCAUGGAACUUUAGCUUCUACAUGGGUAUUGAACAUUCAUAAUCAUUAUAUGAGUUACAUAGUACGUGGUGCUGAUAAAGGUUCCGAGAUAUCUGGUCCUUCAAAGCGACGAUGGAUACAAGGUGAAGCAGCGACAGAGCGAGUUAAUUGUGAUGAUGUACCAGUAUAUGCUCGGAAGUUACUUCAGCUGGAGUUGGAGUCAAAGGACAUCGGCCUUACACCAUUCCUCAACCUCCUUGAGAAAUUAAUUAAUCCGGGAUUGGAAACUUGA